UCAGUUUGGGUCUGGAUUUGGGGUAGGGUCGUGGUACAGAUUAGUGUGAACAUUAGGGUUAUGGUUUGGGGUCAGAGCUUAAGGUCAGGGUGAGGGUUAGGUUUAUAGUUUGGGGUCAGGGUUAUGAUCUGGGGUCAGUGUUAAGGUAAUGGUUUAGAGUUAGGGUCAGGAUAAAGGGGUCGAGGUUUGAAUCGGGGUUUGGGGUUAGGGUUGUAAUUUGAGUUCAGGGUUUAGGGUUAGGGGUUGGGUUAAAGAGUCAGGGUAUGGGGUUAGGCUCAGCGUUAGGGCUGUGGUUUGGGGUCAGGGUUAGGCUCAGCGUCAGGGUUGGGGGUCGCUGUGCCCCCACAGUGGGGUGGGUCGGGGGCUGGUGGUGCCUGCUGACCCCUGGGCUGUUUGCCCGCAGCCAUUGCAUCCAGCAGAUCCUGGAGGCCGUCCUGCACUGUCACCAAAUGGGGGUCGUGCACAGAGACCUCAAGCCGGAGAACCUCCUGCUGGCCAGCAAGUGUAAGGGCGCGGCGGUGAAGCUGGCCGACUUUGGGCUGGCCAUCGAGGUGCAGGGCGAUCAGCAGGCCUGGUUUGGCUUCGCCGGCACGCCCGGCUACCUGUCCCCCGAGGUGCUGCGCAAGGAGGCCUACGGCAAACCUGUGGACAUCUGGGCCUGCGGUAAGGGUGCUGCGGGACCCCCACCCUGACCCCGGGACCCCCAU